UUGUUUGUGAAAGUGACAGCGAGGAUCAGGUAGUAAAAUAUUUAUUCCAAAGAAUUGUUUAUUAGUUUUGCGAAUUGCGACGUUUCAUCGUGAAAAUCAUGGCAGAUGUAUCAAAUUUAUUUGAAUCACAAACCAUAUCCGCUGACCACAAGGAUCUCAUUCACGAUAUUGCAUAUGACUUUUAUGGUGAAAGAAUGGCCACUUGCUCCAGCGAUCAGUAUGUUAAGAUUUGGGACUCUGAUAGCAGAGGUGGUUGGCGGUUGACUGGAAGUUGGAAAGCUCACCAUGGCUCUGUAUGGAAAGUUACUUGGGCACAUCCAGAGUUUGGACAAGUUAUUGCAACAUGUUCUUUUGAUAGAACUGCAGCAGUAUGGGAAGAAGUAGGUGACACAAAUGCUUCAGGGUCAGAAAAGGGUUUACGUACUUGGGUAAAACGGUCAAAUCUUGUAGACUCUAGGACAUCUGUUACAGAUGUUAAAUUUGGCCCUAAACAUUUGGGUUUGUUGUUAGUGACUUGUUCGGCCGAUGGUAUAAUAAGAAUAUACGAAGCACCAGAUGUUAUGAACUUAGCACAAUGGACCUUACAGCAUGAGAUACCAACCAAAGUUUCAAUAAGUUGUUUAUCAUGGAAUCCAACUAUGUCAAAAAUAAAUCCACCAAUGUUAGCUGUGGGAAGUGAUGAACCGAACACAACAAAUGCGAUAGCCAAUGUACCCACAGACAAAAGUACGGCAUGCAAUGGAAAAGUGUUCUUAUACGAGUACAGUGAAGGUUCUCGGCGUUGGACGCGAACGGAUUGUUUAUCUUCAGUGUUGGAGCCCGUCAAUGACAUCGCUUUCGCGCCCAAUUUGGGCCGCUCGUUCCACCUGCUCGCUGUCGCCACUAAGGAUGUGCGCAUCAUCAAAAUAGAGCCUAUCAUUGAUUGGAACAACCCUAACAACGCGAAUGGCGCGGGUCGUUUCAAGACUGAAGUGUUGGCGGCGUUUGAGGAGCAUUACUCGUGCGUGUGGCGCGUCUCGUGGAACCUCACCGGCACCCUGCUCGCGUCCUCGGGCGACGACUGCUGCGUCAGACUGUGGAAGAUGCAAUAUUUAAAUCAGUGGAAGUGUGCAGCCGUAUUUAAGAACGAACCGUUGCCGGGCGACUCGCCGCCGCUGCAGCGGCCACACACCGCCUACGUGCGCAUGGCCACCAUGGCCAACCCCGCCCACAUGCCCUACCAUUGACCCCACGUGAGCUAUGGUAAUAUAUCUAUCACACUCGCCACACUUGAGCUACCACUGUAUUUAUAACACCGCUUACGCGCGCAUGGCCACCAUGGCCAACCCCGCCCAUAUGCCCUACCAUUGACCACACGUGAGCU